AUGGAUCUGUUAAACUUCUUAACAGAGAAAAUGGACGAUUUUUUAGACACUAACCCUGAUGGUGUUGUAUUGUGUGGAGGGGAUUUCAAUAAUUUAAAGAUCGAAAACUUAGUAACAAAUGUAGGCUUGGAUGUCAUGGUGGAUUUCCCAACAAGAAAUAACGCUAUAUUAGAUAAUUGUUUAACAAAUCGAGCCGAUCUGUUUACAAAGCCAUAUUCCCUGCAAAUGCAAAUAAAAACUGACCACCUCGGUAUUAUUGUGCCACCAGGAACUAAACUGAAACCAAUUCGAGUGAAGUGUACGAUUAGAGAUAGAAGAACCCAUCGUAUGUUAGCUCUAAAGAAUGCCCUACAACAACAAAACUGGUCGAAGGUGCUUGAUUCGGAUGAUGUUAAUGAAGCAGCAAAUAUUCUUCACACAACAAUAAUUUCUCUACUCGAUUCGUGCCUUCCAACAAGAACAGUUAAAAUGUCUACGAGGGAUCCAAUUUGGUUGACACCAUUGGUUAAAAGUCUUCUACAAAGAAAAUAUAAAUUAGUAGCUAGAGGAAAGAACGACCAAGCAGAGGAAGUAAGCAAGAGGAUAGCAGAGAUUAUAGCACAGAACAGGAGGAACAUGGACGCGGGUACGUUUGGAUCAGGCAGUUGGUGGAACAAAAUUGACAAGUUAUCGCUGAGAAAAGAUACACCGAGGGUACUACUGGAGAGAAAUUUUGUUGAGGAUCUGAAUGACUAUUUCGCUGAUGUAUGUCAUGACCCUGAGUACGAGGAACCUUUGAAAAUGGACAUUAGUACUGCAUUUGAAACACCUCAGCUAGAUUACGAUCAAGUAUAUAACGCUCUAGGAUCGAUAAAACGAACGGCGACAGGGUCUGACAAAAUUCCUUACUUGAUAUGGAAAGAUUUUGCCAACAUUCUAUCCCCAGUUGUAAUGAAAGUUUGGAAUAUGUCGUUGGCCACAUCCAUGUGGCCUAGAUUAUGGAAAAUAGCUAAUAUAAAUCCAAUUCCAAAGGUCGACAUUCCUAAGAUAAAGAAAGAUUUCAGAGGGAUAAAUAUCACACCCGUAAUAGCCAGAGCGUUUGAAAGGAUAGUGUACGAACAUUUUUCGAAAGAUACAUUUGAGCGUGAACUGAAUAACAACCAGUUCGCUUAUCGAAAAGGAGGCAGCUGUGUCGACGCUCUGCUCAAAGUGCAACAUUUUAAUCUGAAAGCAUUGGAUAACAGUCGGAAUAAAACAGUACGAUUGUUUGCGAUGGACUUCAGUAAAGCUUUUGACAGUGUCAGACAUAACAUACUAGGCGAAAAGCUUAAGGCCACUGGUUUGAAUCCAUACCUAGUAAAUUGGUAUUUGGACUUUUUAAAAGAUAGAAAGCAAAGGAUCAUGCAUAAUGGCAUCGUAUGUGAAUGGAAAAUGGUUAAUAAAGGAACAACACAAGGUAGCGUUAGCGGUCCGCAUCUCUUCAAUUUAUUUGUAAACGACCUUAUCAUAGAAGAAGAAAACAAAACUGCAUUAGAUAAAUAUGCAGAUGAUGCCACGUUACAAGUAGUCGUACUAAAAAACUCCCAGGAUGACUCAUUAACUUACUUAAAUCAGUUUAUGAACUGGACAGAAGAAAAUUACAUGUCAUGUAAUACAUCCAAGUGCAAGGAAUUAGUUUUAAACAAAUCGGGCAGAGCAGAGCAAUAUAUACCACCUAGCAUUAUGAACAUGGAACAAUGUCCCAAAUUGAAACUACUGGGAGUAACAUUCCAGUCCAAUUGCAAAUUUACAGAACAUGUAAAGAACAUGUUAUAUAGUGCAAAUAAAAGUUUAUACGUGAUACGAUCGUUACGAAAGGAAGGACUUUGUCAACGGGAGUUGAAUUUGCUUUUCAACUCUCUUGUAAUCUCAAAGAUAUCGUAUGGUCUAUCUGUCUAUGGUUGGUCUACCCCAGAUUUAUAUACAGUGCAGUGCUUCUUAACUAGAUGUUUUAAACGAAAUUAUUCUAGCAAACAUUACGAUAUAUACAAACUAUUAGAGAGAAGUGAUCGUAACAUUUGGAGAAAGAUAAAAAAUAACGAUAAUCAUCCGCUUAAACAUAUGCUACCUAUAGUCAAAGACUCAUCCAGGCGUCUGCGUAACAAAAGCUCACUGUCGCCAAAAUGUAACACAGAACGCUUAAUAAAUGAAUAA